AUGAAAUCCUUCUUGAAAUUUCUAGCGGCUGUGCCCGCCGUACUGGCUGCGCCCGUCCUCCUACAGGAAAGAGAAGCAGAUUCUCUCCCCGGAUCCUUUAUCGUUCGUCUCAAAGAAAACGCAGUCCUCGCAGACGCUCUGAGUGCGGCCACUCAAGCACUCGGAGUAGAGCCCACGCACACGUAUAACUUCGGAAACUUCAAGGGGUUCGCCGUCGACGGCGUCGCGGAUGCCUCCGGCCUGUUGUCCAACAUUGCCUCCAUUGCAUCAGUUGAGCCAAAUAAGCGUAUGAGUAUCGACGCUCUCACAUUCCAGGCAAACCCACCUUGGGGCCUAGGCCGCAUUUCGCACCGCGAGAAUGUUGGAUCCCCAUACAUUUACGAUGAUUCUGCUGGAUCAGGCACUUUUGCCUACAUUGUUGACACUGGUAUCUACGCUGAGCACAACGACUUCGGUGGUAGGGCGUCCAGAGGUCCCAACUUUGUCGACGGCGACCCAGCUACUGACUGCAACGGGCAUGGUACUCACGUCGCUGGURCCAUCGGCAGCGCAACCUACGGUGUGGCCAAGAAGACCAGCCUUAUCGGCGUAAAGGUGCUCUCGUGUGAGGGUUCUGGAAGUAAUGCUGGCGUCCUUGCUGGAAUCGACUGGGCUGUUCAGGAUGCCAAGUCAAAGGGCCGAAUCGGCAAAUCCGUUCUUAACCUGUCUCUUGGAGGUCUCCUCUCUCCAAUGACCAAUGCGGCUGUCAGCGAGGCUGUCUCGCAGGGCAUGUUCCUUGCCGUCGCCGCUGGUAACUCUGGCCUUCCUACUAUUACCGCAUCGCCAGCAUCUGCACCAGAUGUUUGCACAGUCGGCGCCUCCGACUCCAAGGAUGCCCGCGCAUCUUUCAGCAACUUUGGCCUUCUUGUUGAUGUGUUCGCUCCCGGCGUGAACGUGACUUCGACCUGGAUUGACGGCCCUGACGACACCAACACCAUCUCCGGCACUAGUAUGGCAUCUCCCCACGUCGCUGGCCUCGGUGCAUACCUCCUUGGUCUCGGCGGUGCUCCAUCUGAGCCAAAGGCACUUUGCUCUUACAUCGGACAGCUCUCCACCAAGGGCAAGCUUUCUGGAGCAAUUCUCAGCAAGAACUACCUCGCUUAUAACGGUAACGGAGCUUAA